AUGUUUGUGAAAAUUUUCACCAUUCUCGCCUGUUUGGCGUUGGCCCAAAGCGAAUUCAUCAGGGUGCCUUUGAAGAAGGUGAAAUCGUCCAGACAGACCAUAAAAGAACUGGGAUUGAAACAAAAAAGACAGUCUUUAUUGGGAAAAUACCAAUCGGGAGACGUUAUUUUGACCAACUACGAAGAUGCCCAAUACUACGGAGAAGUAAGCAUCGGUACACCACCCCAAAAUUUCAAAGUAAUCUUCGACACCGGUUCAUCGAAUCUCUGGGUGCCUUCGAAGAAAUGCGGUAGCGAUAACGUCGCCUGUCAAACCCACAACCAGUACGACUCCACCAAAUCUUCAACCUACAAAACCAACGGCAGCGAAUUCUACAUCGAGUACGGAUCCGGGGCACUCAGCGGAUUCGUAUCCUCCGAUAACGUCGAUGUGGGAGGUAUUACAGUGACUGGUCAAUUGUUCGCUGAAGCUACUGAAGAACCCGGUCAGGCAUUCGUUGCGGGAAAGUUCGAUGGUAUCCUAGGAUUGGGUUACGACAGACUCUCAGUCAACAAAAUGCCCACUGUUUUCGGGAAUUUAUUCGCCCAACACACCGACCUCACCCCAGCGUUUUCCUUCUACCUCGACAGGAAUCCUUACGGAGCGACCGGUGGUGAAAUGACGAUAGGAGGAGCUGACCCGCAAUACUACCAAGGCGAAUUCACUUACCUGCCUGUAACCACGCAGGCUUACUGGCAAGUAAAAAUGGACAAGAUCAACAUUGGUUCCAGCGCGUUUUGCGCAGAUUCCUGCGAAGCCAUCGUAGAUACCGGUACCAGUUUGCUCGCAGGACCAACCGAAGAAAUAGAUAGGAUUAAUGAUGCCAUUGGAGCUAUUUUCGACGAUGAAUUCGAAGAGUACACCGUUGAUUGUGACAGCGUGUCUUCAUUGCCUGAUGUAGAGUUUGUUUUGAACGGAAAAAACUUCACUUUGAAGGGAGAGGACUAUAUACUCAGGAUUGAUGAUGUAAUCGAACCUAUUUGUCUGUCGGGAUUCAGUGGAGUUGACAUUGAAACAGAGGAAGGAUUAUUGUGGAUUCUGGGCGACGUUUUCAUUGGAAAAUACUACACCCAAUUCGAUUUAGAGAACAACCGUGUUGGAUUCGCAGAACUAAAAUAA